ACCGGGAAUCCAUUGAUGCCGAGCUCCUUCGGCUGCCGUUCCGGACCCGCAGCGCCCGCAGGACCCGUCCUGCCCGUCCCGGGGGCAGGAGAGGAGCCGCGCCGGCCGGUUGAGGGACGCUCCCCAGAGCCGAGGCUGAGAACCAGCGAGAGAGCGCUGGCUUCCGAGGGGAGGAGGGGCCCGGCGAUGGAAAGUGAAAGAGAUUUCGUGCCGGGAAGGGGGUUUUUUUUCCUGCAGUCGCUCGGCGUCGGUGUGUGGGUCGGGACGGGCGUUCGGACAGACGCGGGGGCGAGUCGAACCAUGGCCGCGGUGCUGGAGGUCAAUCGGACGGUGCAAGCCAAGGUGGAGAGUUUCCGUGGGCAAAUCUGCAGCGAUGCCGUCCUACUCGUCUCCAGCCACCUCCCCAAAAAGCUAGUGGAGCUGGACAACUUACUCCGGGCUGACGUCUUCAAUGUCUCCGACUUGUCGCUGAUCCACGCGAAACUGGACAUCCCAAUCCCAGAUCCACCCAAGAAAGAGGAGGAGGACAAUGGGAAGGACCAGGAAAAGGAUAAGAAAAAGGAGAAACCUCCCAAGUGCGGGAUGCAGAAGCCGAACGAGAAGAUCAUGGCCCUGGUGCAGCAGGUGAAACCAGAACUCCGGUCGCUGAAGGAGACGUGCAUCAUGCUCACCACUUGGAUCACCUAUCUUAUCCCCAAGAUAGAGGACGGCAACGACUUUGGUGUCGCGGUGCAGGAGAAGAUUCUGGAACGUAUUGCGGCCAUCAAGACCAAAGUGGAGGGAUUCCAGACUGCCAUCACCAAGUACUUCACGGAGCGGGGGGACGCUGUGGCCAAAGCUUCCAAGGACACCCACGUGAUGGACUACCGCCAGCUGGUCCACGAGAAGGAUGAAGCGGCCUACCUGGAUCUCAGAAGCAUGGUCAUGGACGUCCGAGGGUACUAUAUUGAGCUGCUGGACCUGAUUGUGAAGAACGCGGAGAAGGUCACCAGCCCCAAGGGGGAAGAGAAGUCCUAUUCGAUGUACUGAGCAGAUCUGUGCGAGGGAGGGGCUGUGGGGGGCGACCUCUGACAGGCCCCGUCUCAGCCUUCCAAUGCACACUCACACGUACGUGUGUGUGUACACACGCAUUCACACACCCCUUGUCUGUAAUGUUGUAUCGGGUAUUAAUAAAGUAAGUUUAUUAUUUCAACAUGGAA